ACAGGUUCGGCCAGUAUCUAACUGGACGUCGUAGUCGUAGGAGACCCUCCACAGCAAUAAUGAAGUUCGUUAGGUUUAUAAUGAAAAACGCUGCCUUGGCCAGCGUGCCCAAACAUAUCGAGCAUUUCUCUAAAUUCUCCCCCUCGCCCCUCUCCAUGAAGCAAUUCCUCGACUUCGGUUCCAUCAACGCCUGUGAGAAGACAUCCUUUGUGUUUCUGAGACAGGAGCUCCCUGUCAGACUUUCAAACAUUAUGAAGGAAAUCAACCUCCUGCCUGACAGACUGCUCACAACCCCGUCUGUGCAAAUGGUGCAGAGCUGGUACAUCCAGAGUUUAAUGGAGAUCCUUGAAUUCCUUGACAAGAAUCCUGAUGACCAUAAAGUCCUGGGAGAGUUUGUUGAUGCCUUAGUUACUAUCAGAAACAGGCACAACGAUGUAGUGCCAACCAUGGCCCAGGGCAUCAUAGAAUACAAAGAGGCCUUCCCCCAUGACCCAGUAACCAACCAGAACAUCCAGUACUUUCUGGACCGCUUCUACAUGAGCCGCAUCUCAAUCCGCAUGCUCAUCAACCAGCACACUCUUAUUUUUGAUGGCACGACCAACCCUGUGCACCCAAACACCAUCGGCAGCAUUGACCCUCACUGUCAAGUCGGAGAUGUAGUCCAGGAUGCCUUCUACAGUGCUAAGAUGCUGUGUGACCAGUACUAUCUCCGCUCCCCUGAUCUGAUACUUCAGGAGAUGAACAAUAAGAAGAAGAACCACUCAAUAAGCAUUGUAUACGUGCCUUCUCACCUUUAUCACAUGCUGUUUGAGCUCUUUAAGAAUGCUAUGAGGGCCACUAUUGAGACCCAUGAGUGCAGCAACAACCUCCCACCCAUUAAAGUCUGGGUGUCUCUGGGAGGCGAGGACAUGUCAAUCAAGGUGAGCGACACAGGUGGUGGUGUCCCGUUUCGUAGGAUCGAGAACCUUUUCAGCUACAUGUACUCCACUGCUCCUGCUCCACAGAUAGGAGAGCACACACGGCCUCCACUGGCUGGCUUCGGCUAUGGUCUGCCCAUCUCUCGUCUCUACGCCAAGUACUUCCAGGGGGACCUGCAGCUCUACUCCAUGGAGGGCCACGGCACAGAUGCUGUCAUUUACUUGAAGGCGCUGUCCACAGACUCCAUCGAGAGGCUGCCCGUGUACAACAAAACUGCCCUGAAGAACUACAAAGUGAGCCAAGAGGCCGACGACUGGUGUAUACCCAGCAAAGAGCCCCUGGAUCUGAGCAACUAUAAGGUGGCCAAGUAAAAAAAAAAAAAAAAAGUCCUGCAGCUCUGGUGCUUCAAGCCUACGCACCGCGAAGCCUCCAGAAUAUCUGUCUUCAUACUCCCAUGUCAUCAUCUUCCAAGGCAGAUGGGUACAGUCUGGAUUUAGCAGUAGCAUGUUCAUGCUGUUUUCAGUCCCUGUUGUCCUUCUGGGUCAUUCAUGAGAAAGUAGACAAAUAGAAAACAGCUACUAACAGAGAAUACUUGUUACAAUCAUCUCUAAAGGGGGGGGGGCUUGGUGGGGUGUAAACAACAACCAAGGCAGCGUGUCACCCAAGCCUUACAGUAGCAAUUUCACCCAAAGGCUUGUGUCAUUGAAAGUACUUGAACUAUUUAAACUAAUACUCCUGUUGCACCUUGUUAAAUUUAAAGUACUGUAAUACUGUGGAGUCUGUAGAUUUGAACAAAUGUAUGCCUUUGAGGUUGAGUGGGUUUUUGUGCUUUCUGCGUGGAUAUUUGCUCCGUCAUUUGACAUUUCACUCAAAAAAAAAAAAAAAAGUCUGAUAA